AUUUUUUCAAUUGGAUCAUAUGAAGGUGUAAAUAAACGAACAAUAAAUUUUACCAUAUUUCCGAAUAUAUUAGCCAGUCGGAAACGAUAUAUACCACGUCAGGAUGGCGCAGUGCUUAAUUCGCUAAGAAAAUGGCAUUGAAAAUAGUUACAUUUUCGCUUUUCUUCCUAUCUUUGUCGGCUGGUGCAUGGUGUGCAAGUAACACGACCAUAACAUUGAAAUGUAACCGUUCAACUAAACUUCUAUCACCUAAUUGGCCUUCUUACUAUGAUAAUGGAUCUGCCGGUCGAUAUAUAAUUCAGGCCCCUGCAUUCACUCAGAUAACUGCCAAAUGUAGCAUAGACAUGUUUGAUCCAUCGCCCAAUCAAGCCUGUGCAUCGGAACGAUUUUAUGUAUUUACUGGCGGAAGUUUUGACUAUUCAACAGCUGAAGUGUUAUGUGGUAUUCAAGAGUUCACUCGUAUAUCAACAGACAACCAGUUGAGGAUGGCUUAUGUAAGCGUACGCUACAGCGGAAAAUUUAGUUGUGAUCUGAUCGCUAAACCGAUUUCCCUAAUUACAAUUCUCACGUAGAAUGUACCUCUCUAGGUAUGAUGCAAUUACGGAUUAUAUUUUACAUAUGGAAACGACCUAAGCACAUUACUACCGGACAAGAUGUUAUCCUGUAGCAAGUAGAAAUAAAAUAUUUCUUCAGCUUUUAUUA